UUAUAAGCGUAUAGUUAUGCAUGCACGUAGCACAUAUUUUCGAGUAAAGAGUUGAGCUCCGUAGCUGCUGAUGACUCUAGACAUCAUUAACAUCAUGAGUAGCUGAUGUUUACAAAAUUUAGGUUAUCUUGCAAAAAGAUUGCUUUUAGGCAUCGCCAACAUUUUUAUAUCAAUUAAACAAAAUGAACCCAUUAGCAAUACAUUUAUUUAUAAAUAUUGACUUUUGAAGGACAAUGAAUAAAUAUGUACAAAUUGUAAAUUAUGCUGUUUAAUAAUUUUGUAUUAUUUUCUAUUAAAAAUUAAAGCAAGAUUCAAGAUACAGACCAAAAUUCAUCCGAAAAUGACUCCAAAACUAAUGAAAAAGAAACACACAAGAUACUUUCAUAUAAUUUUACAAAUGAUGCCAAGCGAAUGUCCCGACGCUAUGAGAUUAACAUUUGCAUUCUUUGCGAUAUCGGGCCUAGAUUUACUUGGUGCUCUCGAUGAUUAUUUAAGAGAAGAAAAGGAAGAUGCAAUAAAUUGGAUUUAUAGAUUGCAAAUCAGUGGUGCUGGACCCAGAUCUGGCUUUCAAUCAUCCACUAUGAUUCCUAAGGAAAUUGAAACAAAGUAUCAUUGCGGCCAUUUAGCGAUGACGUAUACUGGUCUAGCCAGUCUAUUAAUUCUCGGGGACGAUUUAAGCGGAAUUGAUAAGGAGUCUAUUAUCGAGGGAAUGAGAGCUUGUCAGAAUCCUGAUGGGUCUUUUACUGCUAUGGUUAUGGGCUACGAAAGCGACAUGAGAUUUGUUUAUUGUGCCUGCUGUGUAUCAGCUAUUCUGGAUGACUGGUCUGGGAUCAAUAAGGCAAAAGCAAUUGACUACAUACUGAAGAGCAUAUCAUAUGACGGAGCAGUGGGUCAAGGACCUGGAUUAGAAUCUCACGGUGGAUCUACGUUUUGUGCAGUGGCUAGUCUUUAUCUUAUGAACGAGCUUAAUAACGUUCUUUCAGAGAAGCAACUAGAUAGAUUAAAAAGAUGGUGUCUUAUGAGUCAAGAUGGAGGAUUCCAUGGAAGACCCGGUAAACCAUCUGAUUCUUGUUAUAGUUUUUGGAUUGGAGCUACGUUACAGUUACUCGGUGUUAAAGAAUUAUCAGAUUGCGAAGAAAACAGGGCAUUUGUUCUAGAUACUCAAAAUACAAUAAUGGGAGGAUUUGGUAAACACGAUAACAAGCGUACGGAUCCUCUACACGCAUACUUAGGUCUGUGUAGCCUGAGUUUAAUAGGAGAACCUAAUCUACAAGAAGUAAACGCUGCGUUAAAUAUUUCACAACGAGCAUACACACACUUGCUGGAAAUACAAGAAAGAUGGAAAAAUAAGUAAUCAAAUGCAUUGAUAAUUACGUAAUACACGCACAAUAAACAAAUGCUGAAUGAGGUUA